AUUUCGACUCUUUUCCGGUUUAAAUGUUUUGAACGCUAGCAUGCUUUUAGAUGUUGCUUAGUUGCUGUAGAUGGAUGAAAAAAUGGAGAAAAAAACUUUUAGGUGUGUUGAAUGUAACGAAGUAGCAACAGAGCUCCAUAGAGAUUACAGAAAUGGGAUCCUGAAGAUAACAAUAUGCGAUUCCUGUCAUAAACCAGUGGAUAAAUAUAUCGAAUAUGACCCCGUGAUUAUUCUCAUUGACGCAAUUUUGUGCAAAACACAGGCUUUUGGGCACAUCUUGUUCAACACAAGCUUAAAUAUCCACUGGAAGUUGUGUGUGUUCUGCUUGCUGUGUGAGGCCUACCUCAGGUGGUCUGAGCUCCACAGCUCUGAGCAGAGCAGCGAUCCUGCCGAUUUGAUCCGAUACACCAAGGAGUGGGAGUUUUACGGCAUGUUUGGACUGGCCGCUCUUGAGCUUUCUGCGUUCUGCGGCGGCGUGCUCCUGUUCCUUUGGGUGUGGGUCGCUCGUCUGCAGGGUGGGACGGUAGAGGCCAGCCUGCUCCUCAGAGCUCUGCUGCUGUCCUGCUACGGAAAAGUUCUCCUGAUCCCCGUCGUCAUCUGGGAGCACGACUACUCUCUGCUCUGUCUGAGCCUCAUCAAACUGUUUGUGCUCACGUCAAACUCACAGGCAGUUAGAGUGAUCCUGAACUGCAGUCGGCGCCUGUCGCUGGUGGCUGUCUGUUUAGGCCUGCUGUCAGAAAGUGUGACGGCUCAAGCCUGUAAGAGACUUCCAUGGAGCUUCCAGGACACGUGGAUGUUUUAACGAUCGACACAUUUAGACUGAAAUAUCUACUGAUUCUGUCAAAGAAGCUAAUCUGCACGUAGAGUUUCUACACUUUUGUGCUUUUAAUUUGAAAAUAAAUAGGGAUGAACAUUUUAAAGGAAUGUUUUGAUAAACUUAGGAGGCCAAGCUCUGAGGAUUCUCAGAACAUUUUUAGGAUCUCUUUGAUCCAGGUUGCUGUUUAACAUGCUCCAGUUCCUGAUCCACUCUCCAGGAAUGACAGUGACAGACCCUGAGGUUGUACUUUGACAAUAACCGCUUCUCUGUCUGGGCAGGAACCAGGCAGCUCCCUGCACAUUCUUUAGAUUAGCAGUGAGAUCCAUACCUAGACUGACUCAUGUUAUGUAUGUAAACAUCAGGAGACUUUUGGGAAUGUUCACUCUAAUGGUUUUAUGUUUUACUGGGAUCACAGCAGCAUUAUACUAAUGCAGCUAAUGGAGACUGUUUACUACUUAAAUCUAAUUUGACAAUAAAAACUGAUAGUUUUGAAUUUCCACUUCACUUUCUAAUCCAGCCACUCUUGGAUCCACGGCUGGUUCAUAGAGAUUGUUCCGCUUGCUCGGCUGAUUCGGUCAAUGUUAAUAAAACAGCUCUUUGUUUAA